AUGUACAGCGACGACGAUCAAAGCUCCUUUUCGCUGGUAUCAGUAACGGGCAUUGAAACGAUAUACACACCAACAGAGCAGGACUCGGACGAAUUCGAACUGAUAUAUGGCGACCAUGAUUCAGGGAGUUCGCAGGGGGAUGCGAGCUCAAGCGAUUCGACUUCCGUGCCACCCGACAUUCAUGCGCAUGAGUUUAAGCAUGGCCGUCGAUAUCACAGCUUGAAAAGUGGACGUUAUCCAUUGCCAAAUGACAUUGGAGAACAAAACCGGGAAGACAUUAAUCAUGCCAUGAUGCUUCAGCUGACGGAUGGAAAACUCUUCUUGUCUGACAUUGGCGAGUUCCCACAGAAGAUCAUUGAUAUUGGGACAGGGACAGGAACUUGGGCAAUAGAUGUGGCCGACAUGUAUCCAAGCGCCAGCGUGGUUGGCACUGACUUGUCCCCGAUUCAGCCGAGAUGGAUGCCAAUUAAUGCGCGGAUGUUUGUCGAGGACUGCGAGGAUCCGGAGUGGAUGCACGGAUGUGGUUUUGACCUCGUGCACUUCAGGGGAGUUGCUGGCAUGCUUCUUGACUCGGAUGCUGUUGUCGCCAAUGCCUACUGCAACAUUGUGAACGGUGGUUGGAUCGAGUUCCAGGAGUUUGAUCCCCUGGUGCUCUGCGACGACGGUACCAUGAAGGAAGACGACCCGGUGCGGGAGUUUGGUGAUCUCUGUGCUCGAGGCAUGCGUCAGUACGGAUGUACUGCAUACGGGAAACAGGAUUUGCGGCAAAUCCUCGAACAAGCAGGUUUCAAAAGGAUCCAGGUUGUGACCAAGAAAGUUCCCAUCUCGCCUUGGCCCAAGGACAAGAAGCUAUGGACUAUCGGCACGUUGAUGAAGGUCAGCAUCCUGGAGGCUCUGGAGGGAUUUGCGGCAAAACCUCUGGAGGCGCUGGGACUGUCUGUGGAAGAACGACGAGACUUGGUGGCCGGUGUGCGAAUGAGUCUUGAAGACAAUCAGGCCCAUCGAUACGUCAACUACCACUUCUGCUAUGGUCAGAAGGAUGAGAUGAGCUCGGACUCAGGCCCAUCCCUCGAGUAA